AUGCCCAGACCACCCUCCUCUCCGUCCCCACCGCCUGCGCCCUUCCCACUGGCCUUCACGACGGGCAGCUUUGACUUUCCCCAUGCCUCGACCUCGCCGCCGACCGUCUCUCGCUCUGCCUCUACCAGCGCGUCCAGAAAUGCGCUGCACUCCCUAGCCGAGCCCACGCCCUCCGCUUACGAUGCGACGUCAUCCCCCAGAGACCCUGCCCGCCGCGUGCGCACUCGCACGUCAACCAGAAGAGGCCCGCUGCACCGCCUAUUUGGUCCCCCACGUGACAGCGACGCUGCGGACAAUCUGGCCCGAAGGCCGCCCACUGCAAACCCCAACCGACCUCGCGCCGUACCGAGCGAAAGCUACCUCCGCCGCUCUCAGGCCCGCACGAGAGAACAGCGCUUGGCCGAUAUGGACGCUACCAACGAUGUUCUUGACUCACUGAGUGACCUACCGACAAGCAAUCCUUUUACUAUCUCGAAUACACAGCCCCGCUCUCGUAGCCCCAUCGUGCAACUCAACAGCGAGCGCAGACACAAGCGGAGGAAGUUGGAACAUGACAGUAGCGCUGCUACGGAGUACAUGUGCUUCAAGUACGGCCAUAGGGGUCAGGUAGUGCCUGGGCGUCUGCGCAUGGAGAUCAUAAGCUGUGACGGCGGUGAGCAUCGCAGAGACAAUCCACCUGGGCUAUACAGGGUUCAGAAUGUCUUAAGGAACGACAAGAGUGUAUACUGCAGCGAGAGCUCCCAGUGCAAUCUUCUCUUGAAACACAUCGGAGAAGCCCCCUUCGCCUUGGAGAAGAUCGUCAUUCGAGCACCGGACCGUGGAUUUACGGCUCCCGUUCAAGAAGGUCUUGUAUUUGUAUCCAUGUCUGCAGAUGAACUCUUGUCCGGAACCUCAGCCUACAAUCUCCGCUACGACACUCCAUCGCCACUGAUGUCUCCGACACCCAGUUCCCCAAACGAGGCCAACGAACACAUGUCGUUGCGAGAGGCUCUUGAAGAUCCUUCGGUGUGGCAAUACUCAAAUCAGGGCCCUCGCGAGGACAUGGAGGAGCGCAUCGAGAAUCUUCGUCUCCGCAGUGAAAGGCUGAAUGCCGAAUCUGCGAACUGGAUAUCGUCUUUGCGCUCCGACUCUGAACGUCGGCGGAUAAUGCGCCAGAUGGUAGAACACGAAGACGAAGCAGAGGGUGACAAUUGUGAUCACGCAGCGGAUGACUCUUACAGCGGUCCCGCUGGCAUUUCUGCACCUACCCCACCGCCUUUUACAGUCACUACUGCUGCCAGCGAGGAUGAAGACUCGGACUCCAACGAAGAAGUACCCAGUGCUGCCAUCAUGGCCGACCGCCUUCGAAGAGAAAGCCGUUGGCGUCCAGACAGCGACGACGAUGACGAUGAAGUCAUUCCCCGCCUGGGUCCGCUGCGUCGCGCGCCGGCUCUCGACUACAGCACAUACAGCGAAUGGCGCGAGCGGAGAGAGCGCUAUCUUGAGCCCAUCCGAGCGUCUCGUGUAGCUGCGCCCAGCCGCAUUGAACCUUCCGAACGAACCCAUGACGAGCCACUCAUACCCCCACAUGCGCGCUUCUUCAUUGCGAAGAACAAGAAUAAGAUCACGAUCAAAUUUCACCCUGCAAUUUCGGGAAGACACGUCCUACUCAAGUUCUGGAGCCCGAAACACGAUGGCAACAUCGACAUUGAGAGCGUCCAGUUCUACGGGUACUCCGGACCCCGCUACUUUCCGGCCGUGCAGGCUAGGUAG